AUGGCAUCGAACUCAUCAACUUGGCUUCGGCCACUUGACCGAAAUGAAACUGCUUGUCUACAAAAAGGUUAUAAACCAAUACGUCUUGUCUAUACAGAACAACCAUUAACUGCUCGAAUACUUGUUGAUGGUUCAAAAACAUUACCUAUUGAUGAUUUAAUACGUGAAUUUUUUUCUUUACAUCGUAUGCUUCUAUCGAAAACUCAACUUGAUGAUAUUGAUAUAUGUCUUUUACCACAUUGUGAUAUACGUGAAAUAACUGUAAAUCAAUUAACAAAAUUAAAUGGUCAUCAAGAACCUGUACUUCUUUUAACUGCUCGUUCAAACAGUGAAUAUCUACUAACACGUGAUCUUGAAGAAUUAACAUUCCGUCAACAAACUGGUUUAAAUGUUGACAUAUCUGUUUUAAAUAAUAUUAAACAAGAUAAUGAACGUUUACGUGAAGAAAAUCAACAACAAAACGAACGUAUUAUUGAAUUAGAAAAACAAAUAUCUGAUUUAAUAAUAAUUCGUGAUGAAAUGAAAAAAUUUUGUAAAGACUAUAAAAAUGAUCUGAAGAAAAAUAUCGAUAAAAAUGAUGAAUAUUAUAAAAAAUUUGAACGUUUAGAUCAAAAAUUGAAUAAACAAUUAUUACAAGAACAGAAUGUUCUAAUUUCAACAAGAUUAAAAAGUGAAUAA